CGUGAUUUCAUGCACCUGCGUAGUGCUCUGCCAUAGGCUGUGCCUAUUGUGGUCUGAGGUCAGGAGGCGGGGCCCCAUUUUUGGCUCAGAAGAACUUUCUAGCAUGGCGACGGGUCUCAUCACCUUCAUUGAUCAGUUUCAUUGGACUUUGUGCAUGGUGAAGCCAGUUUGUCAUCGACGGUUCGACAACUUCCAGAAUCAUCAACAUGUCUGCCAAACUCCGAGUCAUACUCCGAGAACAAAUAAGGAAGCUUCCUUUGCCCUCAGGAAUCCCAGAGACUGUGGAGGAUUUGAAGAAUAUCGUUCAAGAGACAUUUGCAAUCGAGGAAGAUUUUAGUUUGCAAUUCCAGGACCAGGAAUUUGAUGGUCAGUUUUUUACUCUCCUUAAAACAUGCGACAUAAAGGACAAAGACACCAUCAAGGUGGUUCUUGCUGAGCCAGUGAUCCUGGAGAGCUUUGAUAGCAGUGGUGCAGACUUAUCAGAAGAUGUUGGUUCCACUGCAUCUAGUGAUACCAUCAUUCUCUCUUCUCCAAGGAGCACCUCCUCCCUUCGUUCUGUGUCAUGGCCAGCUCAAUUUGAGGUACCUACCUUCGCCUUUGACACCGAGCUUGUUUUACAAGCUGCAAAUGAAGUUUACCAAAAGGACGGAACCCUACUUAAUAAUCCUUCAGUAAAAUCAAACAUUCUGGAGAAAUUAGCAGAGAGUAUUUUUUUCUACACUGCAUAUCCUUCACAGGCACAAAGAGAGCAGGUAGCAGUGGCCCUAAUUAUGAAGCACCCUUGUUUGAAGGACCCAGUUUCAUUUAAUGGUUUGUACGGCUGGCACAACAGCCUUAAGUACAAGAUGGGGAAUUACAGAGCGAAGGUCAAACACCUUGGACUACCAGAGUUACAGGUUAAUACUCUGAAGAGAAAAUCGGCUGCAGAUAGCACUCCAGCAAAAAAUGUGAAAAAGGCAAAGAAAUCGGAGGUGAAUUACCUCCCACCUCCUCCUCAAGGCGAAAGUUUGGAAAGCCUUGAACAGGUGCGAGUGGAGCUUCUUUACGAGUUCAAGAAGAGGGACAACGACAGCGUGAUCAAUGAUAAGAUGGCAACAACCUUUUCACUGCGUCGAAGUGAUGUAAUUCUCAAUAAACCACCGGUGAUUGACUUCAGGGCUCGAUGGCCUGCCCUGUUUGCGCUUUUCCAGGUCGAGGAGGAAUUCCGGAGGAUCACUUUGAAGCCACUCCAGUCCACAUUCCUAGGGAAGUUGGAUCAAUAUACACCCCAGCUGUUGAGCUUGUUCAGGAGGAAGGGAGGAGCUGUCGGGAGGAAACUGGAUGAGACCCUUGACAUGUUAAAUAAGGACAACAGCAUUGAAUCUAGGAGAGAAGCGGUGGUCAGAGGCCUCAUUCUCUACCUUGGAGAGAAGCCGGAGGGAUUUAUCAAAGUCUACCAGAUUUUUGACAAUGACGAUGCUGCAGCUCUCCAAGAGGCCAUCAGUACAAUGGUACUGAACAUCUUUAUGGUCAGCAAAGCCAAGGAUGAAGGUCUCGACAACCAGAUAGGAAUAGCCAUCGAGGGAGAAGAGGUGCUUUUCGGUAUUUCUGAUGUUGCACAUGCUUGUGCCUUCCUGAUCGGACUUACGUAUGCCUUGGAACUAAGCUAUCCUAAGAAACUGAAAUAUACCUUUGAGGUUUUUCAGAAGAUCUUUCUAGAGCUGGAGGAUGUAAACCUCAAAAUGUCCUCAAAGGUUCAUGAUCUCAAGGUCAUGUUGCAUGCCUAAAAGUCAAAAUGACGUCAUAGGCCAAUAGUUUGAGUGACCUUCCUCUUUUCAAGUUCAGCAGGUUUUACUGUUUCAAGGUCAGUUUACGUGUUUAAAAGCCAUACAGACAUCAUAAAAGGAAGAGAGUUGAGUGAGCUUCCUCUCGGCUAGUUCUUUAGUUUUGGGUUUUACACAGCACUUUCUCAGGCUCUUCUAAUGCACUUUCUCAGGUAUACUGAAAACGUAAACGACUACAUUUAUAUUUGUGUUGCUGUAUGCUUUACAAUAGUUCCUUGCACUUUAAAUUGUACAGUCAGCUAAAGCAAAUGGCUGUCACCCAGGGCUGGACGAUCAUUACAAUUAUCAUUUAUAAUUUUUAAGGGGAAUUCAAUUUUUCAUAAUUUGGUUAUUUUGGGAUAUCGUGAUGAACAAUUUGGAUUUCUAAACUGAUACAAAGCUAAUUUUAUUGUAAAUGUUAGACGACUAACAAAUCGUUCAGCCCUGUCAGAUGAUAAUUUCAUAUGUGUAUCGUGUUGUUUUUAAGCACCAAUUGUUUCGGAGUGAGAGACUUAAGGAUUAAGUUGCAUUUCAAAAUGUAUUUCACCUUGUGAAGUGCUUUAAAUAAAUGUUUAUACCUGAUGUGGGUAUUGUUCAGAGAUAUGUGAUUUGGAGUUAAUGACAGAGCCAAUAAACCCUGUCAAUUUUGAUGACUAUGAAUUCUCCUUUAGCACCAUCAUGUUGUUAUCACAAUAUUGACAUAUACACAAUAGGUCAAAAAUCUGAAGGGCAGAUAUUGAACGCUGUUAGUUUUGAUUAUUUCAUGACCAAAAUGUCAGCUUUUAAAAAUAAGGCUGAAAAGUGACAAAUUGAUGUCCAUUAUAUUUAACUGAAAAAUAGUGUUUGAUCUACUUGGAACAAUUGAGGCAACUUUUUGCAUCAGAUUACUAUGUACAACAAGCAAGACUGGUCUUUGUAUGAAGUACUUAAUUAUUUGUAUGUAUGAAGCACAUUUUGCCAGUAAAGUCAGCUUAAACUUUCUAGUUGAAUAACGUCAGUUUUCAAGUUAAGUCAGCAAAAUUUUGC